UUCACUGGGACAUGGGUACAAGAUUUUAUGAAGGUUGACACUUCAAAGGUUACAAUUAUACAAUUAUAUAUAUUAUAAUUUUCUAUGACCACAAUUUAGAACCAUGGAUGAUAAAUGUGACUUAACUUGCUCGAAUGAGGAAAGCGAAGGAUUAGAUCCAAGAAUUCAGGAGCAAUUGGAUCGGCUGAAUGGCUUCUGUACUUCAGUUAAUCAUUUAGAAAUGGAAUCAAACGAGGCACAACGACUUCAUCAACAAGUUCUUUCAUCAGCAAAUGAGCAAUUACAACAGAAACGCAAGGAACUUGGGAAAUGUGUUGAUAGAGCUCUACCAUUUUAUGUUGCCAAAAGCGAUGCUAGACAGGCGUUUAAGCAGCUCCAAAAAACAGCAAGUGACUGCGAAAGAGCCAAUGAAAGAUAUAAAUCGGCCAAAAUAAGGGUAGCAGAUCUUGAAAAAAUAAUGACAAGUGAAGGUCGAGUGUUUGAUGCAGCUCUACAAGAAUUACUUAAUCAUGCCACACAGGAGGUAAUGGAAGCUGCCGAACUGAAAAGAGAAAGUAGUUGCUCACAUCACCAAGCGACAACCAAUUUUCAAACAUUACAAAAGAAAGUUAAAGAAAUGAACAAAAAUUUAAGAGGGGCGAUUUUGAAAUCAAGAGGAUAUUUCGAACUGAAAGCUGCGUCAAAUAGACAACUAGAGCUACAUAAACAAAGAGUAUUUUCACUUAACAAGGAUUUGCGCGUGGCAAAAGAAGAAUAUGCUGUUGCGUUGCAGUCACUUGAAAAGAUCAGUGAUGAAAUACAUCGUCUUCGUAAGAAAAAUAAUUUCAAUAAAGAUUUGACUUUGUUGCUUCGUGAAAACGGAGUUGGCGCCGAGUCAAUGAACCCAAUACUAAAAGAAGAGUCACUUUAUCAUAACGAUUUGAUUCUUGGGGAAACAGUUGAACUAGAACCAAAAUCUAAUUUUGAUUUUUCUUAUAUUUUUACUGAUGACGAAGAAGAAUUUGAUUCUGAAAGUGAGGACACAUUAAGUAAAGAUUUCUUUUCCAGAGGUGAGAGGCCGUCUGUUUCGGGAAGUGAAGGAAACAGUAAAGAUGAGACUAGUUUUUCUGAUAUUGAUCUAACUUAAUGGAAGGAGAUUAACAAAUAAUCAUGGAGUAUGUUUUUUGUGGAAAACUGAAAAUACACAAUUGAUCUUGCAACGUAACUGCCUUCCUAAAAGUGUCACUUGUGCAUGAACACUUGGCAAUUUUCUUUUUAUCGUUCUUGUUUUCUUUAUAUUCUAUAUGAAGGCUACUAAGUAAGUUUAUGAAUGUUUUAUGUUUUUUUGCAUAUUUUUACAUCACUAUAAUCAAUUAAAAUAUAGAGAUAAAAUAUAUAAUGAUGUUAGUGUAACACUAAGUAAUAAUUUUUUGUACAUAAAUAAAAAAAUGACAUUCAAAUUCACAUAUAAUGAUUAUAGUUUUAUGAUAUAUUAAAUUUAUCCAUUAUAUUAGCACUGUAAAUUAUUUUGAUAUGCGUUUGGUGUAUGUGCUAUAGUCCACUAUUUAAGUACACUGUUCUCAUUAAUUACCCACAUGCGACAAUAAAAGUUUCAGACGAUA